AUGGACCCUUUGAAGCCCUCCCAGGAUACGCCAGCUGCCGCUCGGCCCGGGCCUGCUCGCCGUCUGGCGUCGAGCUCCAGGCAAAUGGACGACAUCAACCCCGAAGUUCUGGUCAACUACCUCUAUCAACAGCAAGAUUCGAAAUUUUGGAUAAGCAGUGGCGCGGGGGAGAAGGAAGGUGUUGUCUUACGGAAAAAAGGAGGCCAGUAUCUUGUAUGCCCUCCACAGCUAACAGGAUCCCCGUUCGCCAAGGCUGCCGCCGCUCUUCAAGUCGAGUGCGUUAUGACGGUGAACUCGCGUAUCAUAAGAACCUUCUUGCAGUGGUUCACCGGACUAGAAGUGCCUUUGGACAACGGCUGUCGAGCCCAAGUUCUUCCCACUAUUGAAGAUAUCGCCCACGCCAAGAGGCAAAAUUUCGCUGCCUUCGUGGCAUCAGAGGGUCUUCUGGUUGUUUGGGAUAAUGAUGCAUUGCAUAUCAUAUCGCGCGCUUCUAACAUUGAAUCACAGCUCAGGGAUAUUAUUUGGAAAUCCGAUGGCAAUGAAGAUGAGGCAGACGAGUAA